AGUGAACAUUGUUACUCUACUUAAAAAAUGGAGCAAAAAGAAGGGUUGAUAUGGAAAUCAGAGUCAUCAGAAUUACCAGAAUCAAUGGUUUCAGUGAGUAUAGGCAGAGCCAUAACCACUCUACUUACUGCUCGGACCAGAAAUCUUAAUCACUCCAUUUCUCGCCUCGCUCUAGAUUCUAACAAAAGACCAUCAGCCGGGUCAUUAGAGGAUUCUUUAUGGUUUCUGCAUAAAUUUGUUAAAGAUGCGGUUGAGAGAGACCACCCUAUGGAUGAUAUUCUCAUUCCCAUUAUACAACAUCCUUUGAUGAGAAAAGACUUGAAGCAUGGUGGGCAAGGAAUGAUACUCGUAAAUUGGCUGUUUCAAGAUGAAUUUCUUUUCCAAGCUGUUGCUAGGAGUCUUGGUGACAUAAUUCUGAGAAAAGAUGAUCGUUUUAUAGCUCUUGCUUGGUGUAUUUUUAUUCGUAGUCUUGUGGAGUAUGAGAGUUUUAUGGAUCAAUAUGCUCUAAAUGGAAUAAAGGACAAUUACAGUUCUUUCUUGAAGAUAAACUGCUCGUAUAUCCCAUGUUUGUUACAAAUAGUAUGCAAGGGAAGCAUUUUGCAGGAUGGCUUUGAGUUGCCCUCUCGCCUCUCAGUAUCUGCUGCUGAUUGCAUAUUAGCUAUCAGUGAGGCAUUGACGAAGAAGCCUAAGGCAUUGAAUUCAAAUGCAUCAGAUCGGCCUAUCAGUCUUAAACCAACUUCCAUGGGAGAGAGGAAAGUAAAACCAACCAGUAAAUCAUUAGAUGACUCAAAUUUUGACAUGGCAUUCUUGCUUUGGGACUUGAUAAAGGAGCUUAUUACUCUAGUGCAGAGACUCCUUGCUUGGAGCAGAAAAAGUAGGCCUUUACACGCUAAAGGAGUGGAGCAAGUGCUUAAAUGGUUGCAGGAGAUUAAAGGGCAGUAUGGCUUUAUUCAGGAUGAGACAGGUGCAAACAUUCACAAAACUGGAGCGUUGCUACUCUCUUCAUGUUGGAAGCAUUACAGCAUUUUGUUGCGUUUGGAAGAUCAUAAGUUUUCUCAGCAUUACAAAGAAUUGUUGGACCAAUACAUAUCUGGCAUCCAGUAUUAUACAGACAGCCACGCCGAGGGCCACAUAGAAGACAAGGAUGGUGCUGUGGAGACUAGAAAGUUUUUCUUGAGCUGUCUAUGCCUUCUUUUAGGACGUUUUGACUGCAAGAAAUUUGAAAUUACAAUGUCAGAGUAUGGGAUGCAGAUAUCACGUAUUCUCUUAUCUCAGCUUCAUUGUACUGAUGAAGAUGUCGUAGCCGUGGCUGUUUGCAUAUUUAAGGAAGCCAUAUUUAAACCAAAUAAUUCAUCUGGCCGUGCUGACAGCAGACAGAUGGAUGCAUUGCUACCUUUGUUGCUAAACCUUCUAGAUGAGCAGGAUGGCAUAACUAGAGCUGUUGUUAUGUUAAUUGCAGAAUACUGCUCCAUGACCAUGGACAGUAACUGUCUUAAACAAGUACUGCAGCGCCUUGCUUCUGGAAAUGCUCUGCAGAGAAGAAACGCUAUGGAUGUCGUGUCGCAACUGGUUUGCAUGUCAUCAGCCUCAGUAAAUAAACUUUCCCAUGUGUCGUGGCAAGAUUUAGCAAACAACUUGCUUGAGCGCUUAAGUGAUGAAGAUAUUGCAAUUUGUCAACAAGCAUCUAGCUUGCUUUCAGUGAUAGACCCAUCAUUAGUUAUGCCUGCCUUGAUAAGCCUUAUCUACUCAUCAGAUAAAGGAUUGCAGUCAUAUGGUAGUACUGCCUUUAUUGGAAUGCUUAAACAUCAUAACCAGCAGCCUGAAGUUAUAUGUUUACUGUUAGACUGCCUCAGCAACCUCAGCAAAGUCCCUAAUGAUUCAAAAACUACAGAAGAUCUAAGUGAAGGACCUAAGGUGGAUAUCGAUCGAGUACUCAAGUUGAUGCCAGAGUGGUGUAAAAAUGUUCAAAACUGGAACUCCAUGAUCAUACUGUUGCUUGAUAAGAUGUUUGCUGAGCCUGCAAAUGCAAUAAUUGUAAAGUUUUUGAGUUAUAUAAGCGAACGCCUAGCAGAAGCAGCAGAUGUAGUACUCUAUUAUGUCCUAUCACAGAUGAAGCCACAGAAAGGGUUGGUAAUCAAUGAAGGUUUAUUGUCCACAUGGAAGAGUAGAUCCUGCAACAACGAGGACUUGAUGAAGAUGCAGCAAACAUUAUUUGAGCGUCUUUGUCCAUUGCUUAUUAUUCGACUGCUUCCACUGAGAGUUUUUAAUGACCUUGAAUCCUCUACUAUGUAUGGUCAACUUCCCAGUCAAGUCAUUACUCAGGAAUGCGGAGAUGUCAACAUUGCUGAUGACUGCAUUGCUGCAUUCCUUCUACAGAGGGCAUUUAAUAAGUAUGAAUUUGAAGAUGUACGAAAACUUGCUGCUGAGCUCUGUGGCCGCCUUCAUCCACAGGUGCUCUUUCCUGUUGUUUUGACCAUAUUAGAAAAUGCUGCAAAUUUUCACGAUAUACUGAAGAUAAAAGCUUGUCUGUUCGCCAUUUGCACUUCGCUCGUGGUUAAAGGCAAGGAUUCAGUUUAUCAUCCUGUUAUUUUUCAAAUUAGAAAAACAAUAGAAGCAGUACUGCUGUGGCCGUCUUUAGAUGGGGAUGAAGUUUCAAAAGCACAGCAUGGAUGCAUCGACUGCUUAGCACUAAUGAUAUGUGCUGAACUGCAAGCUACCGAAUCUCUUAAGGACUCCUCAAAUAAGUUUCGCAUUGCAGGGAAGAUCAUUGAUUCUGGGAAGUCUACAGCAGGAAACUCUGCUCUUGCUUAUGUUAUCCAUCAACUGGCAAAUGAUAAAAAUGAAGUUUCUGUCUCCUCGUUGAAUAUUGAAAACUGUGAAUUUGAGGCGACAAUUCCUUGUUCCUUGCGUCUUUGUAUGGCUAAUGCUCUCAUAAGUGCUUGUCAGAAGAUCUCGGACUCUGGCAAGAAGUCUUUUGCUCGAAGAUCCCUCCCAAAUCUGAUUCAUUCUGUUGAGAUGAUUUCACAUCCAGAGAUUAGAGCUGCAUGCAUCCAGGUUAUGUUUUCAGCUGUGUACCAUCUAAAAUCUGCAGUCGUACCAUAUUCAGCUGACCUUCUCAAACUCUCCCUGAAAUUUCUUCGAAAAGGGUCUGACAAGGAAAGAAUGGCAGGUGCAAAGCUGAUGGCAUCGCUUAUGGCAAGUGAAGAUGACAUUUUGGAAAGCAUAUCAGAGGGAUUGCUAGAAGCAAGAAUAGUGCUCUCAGCUAUAUCUUCUUCAGAUCCUUCACCUGAUUUGCAAGUUGUCUGUAAAAAUUUACUAGCAUGUAUAACUUCUUCCUGAGUUACUUUUAUUUCGUUUCUUACAUAGCAGAUAGGCUGGCCUGCUAAGAAUGCCAUUUGCUUUUGCUACUGAUAGUGUUAUAUCUGGUAGAAUACACUUGUGGAUUACAAACAUUGCAAAAAUGAACCCCUCCUGUACAGUCAUACCAUUUUAUAGAGUAUUGAGCAAUUCCUGUGAAA